AUGAAGCCCGUCUCGGAUCUUUGCAGUAUUUGCCAACUAAACAACGGGAAGAUAGCUGCAAACGUCAACGUGACUGAACAAGAAAAACUGAACUGUCUUCAUAAUCAAGAGACACACCUACAGGAAGCAAAAUUAGAAUGGGAGUUUAUGAAAAAGAACAUCGCGGCAUGCAGAGAUUUGUUACAAAAUGGCGGGAUCGACCUCUUGUCACCAAGGCCCAGCUGUUCAUUAGAAGGAACUGUGCACUACUCCUACGACUAUACACAGCAAGUGCAUAUUCCCUCCAAUCCUCAGCAACCUGGUCCAGUUUACUUUAAAACUCCUCAGAAAUGCGGCCUGUUUGGGGUAUGUUGUGAGGGAAUACCUAGACAGAUCAAUUACCUCAUUGACGAGGCAGUUUCUAAUGGCAAAGGUGCCAAUGCAACCAUUAGUUAUGUGCAUGACUUCUUCAUUUCUCACGGGGCCGGGGAAACCGAUGUACAAAUUAACCCGGAUAAUUGUGGGGCACAGAACAAAAACGAUUUUUUUAUCUGGUAAUACUCCUGGCGAAUUCUUUUUGGAAUGCACAAAUCAAUAUUGUAUUCGUUUUUAAUUGCAGGGCAUACAAAAUUUAGUCCAGACUGGUGUUUUGGAUUAAUCAAACAGUCGUUUAGGAGACACUAUGUUUCUUCCCUUUUUGACCUGAUGAUUACUGUAGACAAGUCGACAGUGUCUGUCUCAAAAUUGUGCGGUCUUCAUGAUGGCACUCUUUUGGUUCCAGUCUAUGACUGGGUGACAUUUCUUGAACCCUGUUUUAAGAAAAUUCCAGGUAUAAGCACUUUUCAUCAUUUUCGUUUUUCAAAAGAUCACCCUGGCGUGGUUUUCUGUCGAACCCUCGUAGAUUCAGCAGAAAUUGAAUUCCAAAUUCUCAAAAACCUUGAAAUAAGACCUCCAAACCAGAUACCUCCCAAAAUCAUUCCUUCAGGCUUGGGUGAAGAAAGAAAAUGA